AGGCCUUAAGGCUUAAACCCAUAUUAAUCCUCUUAUCAGCUAAAGUCCCUCUGGUGACCGGUGAAUAACAAAAGCUGGAAAGCUUUACUCCACUUAAAAAUGGUGGCAAUGAAGCUUCUCCAUCUCAAACCAAACUCGCUUCUUCCUUUCACUAUCUUCUCUAUCAAACGCUCCUCUUCCUUUCUUCUUAAACCCUCCAUUCUUUCUCUCUUCUGUUGCACCCAAACUCAAACCAAAACCCAAACUUUCUCUUAUGGCCCUUCACUUCACAAAGGCAAAAUAGCACCCGAAACCCCUUUUCAAACCCAAAAUCCGAUAACCCAUCAACCAGAAGUAGGCGAAGAUAAUAACCCCCUCUUCGAUGAACAGAAAUUCACUAGAGUUUUUCAUCUUGCUGCUCUCCGUGUCCCUGCAAAUGAUUGUUUUGCCCUUGAGAACCGUCUCAGGGGUCACCUCUUGAAUUGGCCGAGGGUUAAGAACAUUGCCAGAGUUCCCGGGGAUGAAAUCGAAGAAGAAAUGAUGACCCUUUUUGAUAAAAGGAAAGAUGGUGAAGAGAACAAUGAAGAGGAGAAUGAGGAGUUUGAGUCACUGGUUUUAUAUAGGGAGAAAUUGGCGAAGGAGUUCAAUUAUAGGGGGUUUGUAAAGUUUAAGAAUUUGGCUAAGAUUUCGAGGCCUGGGAAGAGGAAAAAGAAGAAAAAGAAUGGAGAUGGAGAAAUGAAAGGAAAUGAGAGGAAAGAGUGUUGUCUUGUGGAAGUUUUGGAGGAGGAAGAAGAAGAUGAAAUGAAAGGGUUGUUAGGAGAGGAGUUUAAAGGAGGGAGGAAAUGGAAGGGUUCUACAAGAUUAUUGCUUUUGGAUGAAAGGUAUGGGGAUAAAGGAUUUGAAGAGUUGCCUCAAGCAAUUAAGGCUGUGUUUGUUGGAGAAACCAUAGAGAAUAGAUCGUCGACUAUAGAGCUUGUGAGAUGUAAGCUGACUUUGUUCUAUGAUUAUUGGCAGAUGAAUGAGAUCUUGGAGACCAUGCUCCCAGAGGGCAUGAUUAUCCCUUCAGCCUUUGAGACAGUUGGCCACAUUGCACACUUAAACCUGAAAGAUGAACAUCUACCAUACAAGAAUGUUAUAGCAAAGGUGGUUCUGGACAAAAACAAGCCAAAAAUACAAACAGUUGUGAAUAAGAUUGACGUCAUUCAAAAUGACUACCGAACAAUGCAACUUGAGGUUUUAGCUGGGAAUCACUCCUUGGUGACUACAGUAGUUGAGAAUGGACUGCGAUUUCGUGUUGAUUUAGCAAAAGUGUAUUGGAAUUCAAGGCUUGCAACUGAGAGACUGAGGCUUCUGAGUGGCUUCAAUCGCAAUGAUGUUAUCUGUGAUGUAUUCUCUGGGGUUGGUCCGAUUGCUGUAUCUGCUGCUAAGAUAGUAAAACGUGUUUAUGCUAAUGAUUUGAACCCUUUUGCGGUUGAAUAUCUUGAAAGAAACAGUGUCCUCAACAAACUUGAAAAGAAAAUUAAGGUCUUUAACAUGGAUGGAAGAAGGUUCAUCAAUGCUAUGUUUUCUAGCGAGAAAGCUCAUUCCAUCACACAUGUAGUUAUGAAUUUGCCAAAUGAUGCAGCAGAAUUUCUAGAUGCAUUCAGGGGAGUAUACAGAAAUCAACCUAGAGAUAAAGAAUUCAACUUCCCAAUGAUUCAUGUUUAUGGAUUUUCUAAAGCUCGAGAUCCUGAGUUUGACUUUCAUGAGCGGAUACGAAUUGCCUUGCAAGAGGUUGCAGUUAAUGUGGAUAUGCGUAGGGUACGCCUCGUUGCACCUGGAAAAUAUAUGUUGUGUGCAUCAUUUAUCCUUCCUAAGAGUGUAGCCUUUUCAGAAUGUAGUUUAAAUGUAUAAAUAGAUCAAUUUGUAAAACUGUGAAUUUCAGAUCAAGUUUUGUAUUUAUAAAUGCCUUGUUCAUUUGUGUGGUAA